AAUCUGUGCAGAAAAUUUGAUAUAUCAAGAUAUAUUCCAUGUAAUUGUCAAUUUGUGUUUUGUAGUUCAAUUUUCGCAAAUUACGUAAGGAAAUAUAUAUUUUCAAUACGAUGUCCUUUUUCUUGAAGCGCACCGCUGGUGCGGCGAGCAAUAUGGGUCGAAUUGUUUUAAAUAACGCUAGGACCCCUAUGUUUCAACGUAUAGCAAACAAAACUGAUCAGGCGACACCACAAGUUGAAACUCGCCCUACUGUGGCUAAAUUAGACCCCUUGCAAAAAGCUCAACUAAUUGACUUUGGGAAAUAUGUAGCCGAAUGUUUACCUAAAUAUGUCCAGAAAGUACAAAUUACAGCUGGAAACGAGCUAGAAGUGCUCAUUCCUCCUGAUGGUGUGAUUCCAGUUCUGCAAUUCCUGAAAGACCACCACAGCGCACAGUUCGCAAAUCUCGUUGAUAUUGCGGGGAUGGAUGUACCUUCUAGGCCAAACAGGUUUGAAAUCAUAUACAACCUACUAUCUUUACGAUACAAUGCUCGGAUCAGAGUCAAAACAUACACUGAUGAAUUGACUCCAGUGGACUCUGCAUGUGACGUCUUCAAAGCGGCUAAUUGGUAUGAGAGAGAAAUUUGGGAUAUGUUUGGUGUAUUCUUUGCUAAUCAUCCUGAUUUGAGGAGAAUUUUGACAGAUUAUGGAUUUGAGGGCCAUCCAUUUAGAAAGGACUUCCCAUUGAGUGGUUAUGUGGAAGUGCGUUAUGAUGACGAACAAAAACGUGUAGUGGUGGAACCUCUAGAACUGGCCCAGGAGUUUAGGCGCUUUGAGCUGAGUGCUCCUUGGGAGCAGUUCCCUAGUUUCAGGAGCAAUCCUGCUACAGAGGAGGUCACCAACCCUGGCGAAGAGAAACCCAAGCAAUAAGUUAUUAAAUAUCUAAUAAAGAUUAAAUUAAGUAGAUACCAUGAAAA